UCAUUCAAAUUCAAUUAUCACAGCGACAAACUUUCACAUUUAUUCACUCUCUCCUGUCACUACCCCGCUCACAUUUACUACCACAUUUUACCAUUUUACCCCCUCACUUUCACCUCUUCAAUGCAAAAACACCUUCGUUACCCUUUCAAACUUCGGGUUUCACAACGACCCAUUUUCUACGCCACUUCAUUCAACAUCGUUUUUAGCUUUUUCCUCAGUUUUUGGUUUCUUUAUUUAUUUUUUUCCUUAACUCAACUUUGUCGUUUCAUGUUGUUUCUUUCAAUCACUCUUAUUUUUUAAUUUAAAUUUGAACUAAAGAUUCUCUUUUUUUCUUCCCCCGUUAUUUUUUUUCUUUCUAAUUCUGACGCAAAUGAAACAGUACUACAUUUUUCUGUUGAGGUUGGUUUUGUACUGUUGUUUCUGAUGGAUGGUAGGAGGCAUUCUGUUGAUGUUCCUAUUUCUAAAACUCUUGUAGCAUUGAGGAGAGUAAGGUCAUUGAGGGACCCUUCAACAAAUGGUAUAAGCAAACUCUCUCCUUUGAUUGAUAACGAGCAUUGGGGAAAUGGGAUUUCUCUUAGGUUUCUUGAUGCUCCUUAUGCAUGUGAGUUUGAUGAUAAUGGUUGCUUAAGGUCAAAGGGGUUAGAUGAUGAGAUAAUUUACUCUAAUCCUAAGCAGCAAGGUGUUUUCGGGAAUAAGUCGCCGAAAGAAAGCUGUUGUAGUAACCAUGAGGCUAAAGGAUUGGAUUUGGCUUAUGUGAUUCCUUCUAGUAAUCAUUUGAAGGAUGGAGAAUCAUACUAUUUAUCGACUGCGUUGUCGUCGUCGCAAUCAGGGAGAGUAGAUUACUCAAAAUCAACCAGGAAGUUUAUGCGCAAGAAUCAAGUGAAGCCAUUUGAAUUGAUGGGUGGUGAUAGAAAGAGUGUUGAGAGUCCAUGCCUUUCGGUUCGUGAUGCUAUGUCAGCUUAUAGUGCCUCGACACAAACACCUCGAGAUGUUGAUGAUGUUUUAGUUGAUUACAGUGGAUGUGGAAUAAGCUGUUGUUGGUCGAAAUCACCGAGGUUUAGAGACUCGAAUCAUUAUUCUGAAAUGGAAGAACUUCCCUUGAUGUUGCAGCGUGUUAAUGAGACAGAUCUUUAUGGACAUAAAAGCAUGAGACACAUUGGUGGUGAGAUUAGUCCAAUGCUUGAAACUCCAAGGAGUUUAUCUAUGAAAUUCAGGCCGAAAUCUUUCAAUGAUUUGGUCGGACAAAAUGUGGUUGGGAAGUCACUUUUGGGUGCCAUCUCUAGAGGAAGGAUAGCGUCGUUUUAUCUCUUCCAUGGUCCUCGUGGCACGGGAAAAACCUCCGCAUCGAGGAUAUUUGCUGCUGCACUGAAUUGCCUCUCUCUCGACGAGCAAAGGCCGUGUGGUUUAUGUAGAGAAUGUGUUUCGUUUUUUUCUGGAAGAAGUAAAGAUGUUAAGGAAGUUGACUCUCUAAGAAUUAAUCGUUCAGACAAGAUUAAAUCCCUCGUUAAGAACGCAUGCGCAACAGCUCCAGAUUUGUCGCGUUUUAAGGUGUUCAUUAUCGACGAAUGCCAGUUAUUGAAUAAGGAAACAUGGGCGACUCUUUUGAAUAGCUUAGGGAGUGUUUCUCAACAUGUGGUUUUUGUGAUGGUCACUCCUGAUUUGGAUAAGCUUCCACGAAGCGCGGUUUCUCGGGCUCAGAGGUAUCACUUUACAAAGAUUAAAGAUGCCGACAUUGCAAGCAGAUUGAAAAGAAUAUGUGCUGAAGAGGGUCUUGAAUCUGAGCAAAAUGCUUUGAAUUUCAUUGCUGCUAAAUCCUGUGGCUCUCUUAGGGAUGCAGAAAUGAUGCUUGAUCAGCUAAGUUUGCUUGGUAAAAAAGUCACAAUUUCCUUAGUCUAUGAACUUACUGGUGUCAUUUCUGAUGACGAAUUGCUUGAUUUGCUGGACCUGUCUUUGUCAUCCGACACUACAAAUACCGUCAUAAGAGCUCGGGAGUUGUUGAGGUCAAGGAUAGAUCCUUUACAACUUACAUCUCAGCUUGCAAAUCUUAUUAUGGACAUUCUUGCCGGGAAAUGUGAACUUGGUGGUUCUGAGAUCAGAAGAAGAUUUUCCGAUCGACAUAUUUCGGAAGCAAACAUGCAUAAACUUAGUCAUGCAUUAAGAAUACUUUCCGAAACAGAGAAGCAGUUGAGAAUUUCUAAGAAUCAAACAACAUGGUUCACUGCAGCUCUUCUACAGUUAAGCUCUUUAGAAUAUUCCUCUGUAGAUGCAAAUGAUACCAAGUUGUGUGUGACAGCUGCAUCUAAUAGAGAUGGUGAUUUAUGCAGUACAUCAUCUACAGGUGAAAGUUUGAAGCAUCUUGCGAUUGCGACAGGCAAGUGUGAUGAGAAGUCAUAUAAAAUAGAAGUUCAAGAGGAUGACAAGGCGGCGUUGGAUUCGAUAUGGUAUAAAGCUACAGACAUAUGUCAAUCUAGAAGGCUCAAAGCUUUUCUCCGGAAGCAAGGGAAGUUGUCCUCGGUUUGUAUUAAUCAAGGUCUUGCAGUGGUGGAGUUGGAAUUCCACCACCGUGUCGAUGUAGCUAAAGCUGAAAAGUCAUGGAAACAGAUUGCAAGUUUCCUACAGUUCAUAUUAGGAUGUAACAUUGAGCUCAGAAUCAAUCAUAUACCUUGUACUUCAGAUUCCAAGUAUGCAAAGUUGAAGAGGUCUUCUUUCAAUUUCUUUAACUGUUCGCGCAGAAUUCUUCGAAAAUCACUAUCAUCCGAAGAACAAGGAUGUGAAUCAGACUAUGCUGAUUGCAUCUCUCAAAAGCCUAUGAUGAUGGACCAAAAACCUCUAUCUCGCUCCUCAGUUUGCGGAUCUCGUGUGCCUCCUCCCCUCGAGUCCUACCACGGAAUGGAGGUUGUAAAAACUCUGAGAAGCUGCGAAGGGAAUUUACUAAGCUCGGGGAAAAUAUUUUUGAAUAGGAUAAUAGAUCAAGAGACGACUCCAAGGAAUUCUUUUUCUAGAGAUGAUUCUGUCAAGGGAGAAGAGUGCAAUUACGAACAUCUUGCUUCAUCGGCCGUUGAUUUUGAUAAUAAUAAUCGGACAAACUGUUUUCCUCGAACGCUCUGGCUUCAUAGAAAAUUCUCUACUUCAUAUGCUUCAAAACAGAAGGAUUUUUGUUUUAUCAAUCCUCAAGUACAAAUGUACUGAAACUUGUAACUAUGAUCUUAACAGCUGAACCGAAGCUUCUGAGGAAAAGUAGUUUUGUUUUUUUAUUGUAUUAUGAUCAAUUGUCUUAGUGUUAGGAUAUAAUUUAUGUGAAACAUAAUAUUGGAAGUGCCACUUUUUGUUCUGUUGA